AAUACAUUAACCAUUUCAUGUUAGAACAAAUUCUCCAGCUCGAAGCCAGCGAGACAAUCAUGCAAACAUCACGCAACCUUUUCAUACUGCUAUUGAUGUCGGCCCCUUCGGCGGUUGCCCCGCCCGGACCUGAGCCCAGUCCACGCCCUUCCUUCUUCUCCUGUAUCUCCUCUAGCCGUGGCCCCGAUACGUCACCAUCCGAUGUUGCCGCCGCCGCCACCCCGCAUGUCACCAAGUCGCUGCUGGCAGCGAGGUCCCAGCACUCCACGCACCCGGCGUCCCGCACGGCAUCUCCCACCUCCGUCGUCCCGCACGACGUCGGCGCCGACCUGCUGCUGCUGCUGGCCACCAGGGGCCCGAGACCACGCCCGAGACAAGGCAGCAGUCCGCGUCGUCGCCGUCCAUCUGUCCGUUGUCCUCCUGCAGCGGCGGGAGGCCUCCCUCCUCCCUGACCGAGGCCAAAACGCCGUCCGCGUCGUUGCCGUCUGUACGUCCGUGUGUCCGUGUCUGUUCUG